AGUUGCCGACACCUUCCGGUCAAGUCGUUCAGAGUUGCCACGCGCGUGAUGCUCCUGGAAGCAGCGUUUCUUCUAGCUGCGUGCGGCGCUUUCGUUUGGGUGAUACGGCGACGUCACCGGUAUGGCCUAUUUGAAAGGCAUGGUGUACCGGGGCCCAAACCGGAUCUCUUAUGGGGAAACUGGAAACAACUGAAGAAAGAUCGUAUUCUGGUAAUGGAACAGUGGAUUCGACACUAUGGCAAGGUGUUUGGUGUAUAUUUUGGUGACAUGCCCUUCAUGGUUAUCACUGAUCUUGAGCUCAUCAAAGAAUGCUUCAUCAAGGCUAACAAGGUGUUCCAGGACCGGCCAAUGUAUGCUGUCGAAGUGGAACCGUUUAAAAGUGGAUUGCCUUUAUUACGAGGACACAAGUGGCGCAAAGUACGCUCAGUGUUCAACGCCUGUUUCACCGCUGGAAAAGUAAAAAAACUAUUUGGUAAUAUCGACGGAAGCAUGACAGGCCUAGUACAGAAAUUUGAAGAAGCUAGCCGAUAUGGCGACAUUGUCGACGCCCAUGAAGCAAGUCGUGGCAUGGUAUUGGAGAUGCUCACAAGGACUGUGCUUGGACGGGAGGUAGACUACCAAACGGAGAGUGAUGACCCAGCACUCAAAUCAUUCGAAGUUAUAUUCCAGGAAGCGGACAAUGCAUUGUUUGAGAGUGCGUUUGCCUAUCCCGGCCUACGUAGCAUUCUUCAGUGCCUCUAUCCAUUUACAUCUUUCUGCAAAGCAGUGCAGAAGGUAAUGGACGAUACACUGAUUAUUAUAAACAAACGCAGGAGGGGAGAAAAGGAGCGAAAAGAUGAUGUACUCCAGGUCAUUGUCGAUGCUCAAGAGGGCGUUGGAAAUAUUCUGCCCACAACAAGCGAUAACGUCCGUUUUAUUAAUGAUCACACAUUGCUAUGUAACAUCGCAGUGCAUCUUCUAGCUGGCUUCGACACAACUUCUGCCUCUUUGGCUUUUCUGCUGUACCUCCUCGCCAAGCACCCGGAAGAGCAGCAAAAAGUACGAGCUGAAAUUGAUAGAUGGCUCCGCGGUCAUAAAAACUCUGAAAUGGAUGGUGCCAUCAACAAUUUUGAAGGAAAUCAAGAACUCGAAUACAAGCGAUCGGAACCAAAAGACAACGUUCUCGGCUCUUCACCCCCGCAUAGCUUGGAAAAUCCAGCAAGAGCAAGCGACAAUUCAGAGGACCUAGGAUUGGAAGUAGAACAAACAGAGCGAACAGAUCUUCCAAAGACCUCGUCACAUCAGGACAGUACAAAGAACGAGCUCGACGAAGACGACGUCAUGCAGCUCCAGCGCCUCGAUAUGGUCGUUCGAGAGGGGCUGCGCUUGUACCCGGCGAUACCGGUAACCAUUAUCCGCGAGUGUAUUGAGGACACGGCCAUCCUGGGCCAAUUCAUUCCAGCGGGAACGAGCAUUUUAGCCCCACCGUGGCACGUCCACAGGAACCCAGAGAUCUGGCCUGAACCAAACCGCUUCAUACCCGACCGCUUCUCGGCAACGCAGCGGGAUAGGGCUGCCUGUAGUUACUUCCCCUUCGGCCUUGGACCCAGGAUGUGUGUCGCACACAGGCUAGGAAUGGUCACGCUCAAGACAGCGCUGUAUAGACUAAUCAGAAAUUUCGAGAUUUCUCUCGCUGAAGACAUCCCGGACCCGCUUCCGGUAUUGGUGGAUCAUGUGAUUCUCAAUCCAGCAGUGGCUAUAAAACUUAGGGUGAACAAAAUAAAACAGAAAUGAACUCGAAUGCAGUAAUCUGCAGAAUGUAUGCCCUUUGUAAUUAUAUUUGAAUAUUGUAAGAAAUUAUGCAGUGAUCUUUUGCAUUCGGACCAUGUAUUUUGAAAAGUGUCUUAAUUUUCUGCUUCCCAUGGGGCGAACUAUUGUUUACCCAUUGAUUCAGUAGAGAUGCCCC